UUUUAAUUUUAAUCUUUCCUCUGGCCUAGCCUUCAAGAAAUACCAAGUUUUGGAAGUCAAAGCCACACACCAACCAUGUUUGUUGCAGAACUUUGUAAACCUCUUACCUGAGAUGCCCUUUUGUCCCCAGACACUCUCUGUUCUUCUUCCCCAGAUCAAACAUUCUUCACUAUAAUUAAUGAACCUGUACUUCAAUGUUUUGUGCAUAAACUGAAACUCAUAUCUUAGUAUAGUCUGAUUCUGGCUUUGAUGACCUGAUGGAGCAACACUCUUUCAUGUUGAGAGGAUGAUGGAUUGCUGGAAUUCGAGGACGGCCAACCGCUAUAUCCUCUUCUGCAUCAUCCUCUUCAUUCAAUCAACGUUUGCACAAGAAGCAGGGUUCAUAAGCAUACAGUGCCGAGAUAUAAUUGAGCCCAGAAAGGCUCGGUUUUUCAGCUCGGAUCUAGUCCUAAAAACAGCAGUUAUCCAUCCAGAAAGGUUGGAGUUUGUGCACGAAGACCUUGAUACUGGGCACUACAACUAUGUGCUCCACCUCCAUCUCUUUGAGCUUAAUGAUUCUGUUCAAGCUGGACAAAGGGUGAUUGAUAUAUAUAUCAAUAAUGAAAUGAGGCAACGAGUUGAUAUCUUGGCUAGCAAUUCACGCUACCAAGUGGUCGUUCUGAACUUCACGGCAAACAGGUUUCUUAAUCUUACUUUAGCCAAGGCCUCAAAUGUCUCACAAUUAGGACCGAUUUGUACUGCCUACGAGAUUUUCCAAGCCCUUCCCUGGACUAAAGAAACAGCUCCAGAAGAAGCUCUUCUCCCUACUUCCAGAUAUUUCCACAGAAAAAUUCAUUACAGCAGAAAGUUAUUGAUGAGCAGUAUUAAGGAGUCUAAUCUCACCACAGCUAAGACGAUGAGUAAUGGUAACAGAUCUUCAAAACCAACCAGUGUGAUUGUGAUAGCUGGAGCGGUAGGUGGAUCUGUCCUAUCAAUCGCUGCAAUAAUUAUCGUUGUCGUUUAUUUCUGCAAACGGAGAGCAAGGGUGUUAAGGUCAUACAGUAUGAAAAGGCACUCAAUGACCAGGAAUGCAAUUUUUUCGAUGCCAUGCACCGAUACUUCCCCAUCAAAGUCUACACCCCAGUAUUUCACAUUAGCAUAUAUAAUGUCAGCUACCCAGAAUUACAUGACAUUGAUAGGAGAAGGGGGAUUCGGAUCUGUCUAUCGUGGCACUUUACCUGACGGUGAAGAGGUGGCUGUGAAGGUCCGAUCAGCCACUUCGACUCAAGGAACAAGAGAAUUCGACGCUGAGCUGAACCUUCUCUCAGCUAUUCGACACGAAAACCUGGUUCCACUACUUGGCUACUGCUGUGAGAAUGACCAGCAAAUACUCGUCUACCCAUUUAUGUCCAACGGCUCCCUACAAGAUCGAUUAUAUGGAGAAGCCUCGAAACGAAAAAUUCUUGACUGGCCAACCAGACUUUCCAUUGCUCUAGGCGCUGCACGAGGAUUGUUGUACCUGCAUACAUUCGCGGAGCGUUGUGUGAUACAUAGGGACGUGAAGUCAAGCAACAUACUACUGGAUCAUAGUAUGUGUGCAAAGGUUGCCGACUUUGGAUUUUCAAAAUAUGCACCUCAAGAGGGAGAUAGUGGAACUUCUCUAGAAGUACGAGGUACAGCUGGUUACUUGGACCCAGAGUACUACUCAACCCAACACCUAUCAACAAAAAGCGAUGUGUUCAGCUUCGGAGUAGUUCUGCUCGAAAUUGUGAGUGGUCGAGAGCCUCUCAACGUCAAAAGGCCAAGAAAUGAGUGGAGCUUGGCUGAAUGGGCCAAACUUCAAAUAAGGAACUCAACAGUGGAAGAAAUCGUAGAUCCAGGCAUAAAGGGAGGGUACCACGCAGAGGCAUUGUGGAGAGUGGUGGAGGCGGCAUUGGCAUGUAUAGAGCCGUACUCUGCGUACCGGCCAUGCAUGGCAGACAUCGUAAGAGAACUCGAGGACGCCUUGAUCAUAGAAAACAACGCAUCAGAGUAUAUGAAGUCAAUAGACAGCUUCGGAGGAUCCAACCGUUUCUCUAUAGAAAGAUCAGGUGUCCUAUCAGCAGCACCAAAGUUCCAAACAGAUGCAUCAAAUACCCACUUGAAACCACCCCCUCCACAACCAAGAUAAACUCUAUUCAAGGGGUAACCAAAGUUCCAAACAGAUACAUCAACCUAGACUGGUUUACUUCCUUGUGAUCCUUAGCCGGCUAGGGUUACAAGGCGGGGUUUACCUACACCCGAAAGGGUUGUGGGGUUUCCCUACAUCGCUUGUAAUAUCAAAUUCACGAGGACAAAAUUAUAUUUUAAAAAAAGUUUUGUAAUUUAAUCAAAUUCCUUUACUAGCAGAAUGUAUCCUAAUCCUACUUAACUUUGCUGCAAAAGGAUUAAUUCUGUGAUAUACUGAUUCCUAAGGUAAAUUAUAGCAUGACCAGAGAUCACCCUGCUCCUAGUUCUUUGAAUUCA